UUGCUCCUCUCAUACUUUUGGUACAACCUCUGAAGGGUCUGGGGCUCCCUCAGUUUGCCCUUUUUGGAAUCGGGGUGAGGGCUGGGUUUCCCUGAUGUAUGGCAAGAGCCCGACAUGUGCUGUACUUCUUUUUUGCUUACAACUCGCAGUUGUUUGGCACAUAGCAGCUGUGGAAGUUUAUACCUCCCGAGUAGUAGAGGCUGUUAAUGGGACAGACCUUCGGCUAAAAUGCACUUUCUCCAGUUUCUCCCCUGUGGGUAAUGCCCUAACAGUAACCUGGAAUUUCCGACCACGAGAUGGGGGUGCUGAGGAGUUUGUGUUUUACUUCCAUGAACAGCCCUACCCACCAACUGCUGGACGGUUUAAAAAUAGGGUGGUCUGGGACGGAAAUGUAAACCGAAAUGAUGUCUCCAUCAUCAUCUGGAAACUACAAUUUAACGACAAUGGGACAUUUACCUGCCAGGUGAAGAAUCCACCAGAUGUUGAUGGGGUGAUAGGGGAGAUUCGACUCAGUGUUGUACAGACAGUACGUUUCUCUGAGAUCUAUUUCCUGGCUCUGGCCAUUGGCUCUGCCUGUGCACUGAUGGUAUUAAUAGUAAUUGUAGUGGUCCUCUUCCAGCACUCCCGGAAAAGACGGUGGGCCCAUAGAGGCCAUGUGCCAGUGGAGACAGAAUCAACGUAAUUGAACAAGAAGCUCUAAGAUAUGUUGAGGUUAAUGGAAACUUUCCUUCAGCUACUUCAGUAAAGAUCUACUCGAACCAACUCUGCCAAUUCACAUCUAUCCUGAUAUGCUGCCUUAUGCCCUUAUGUGCCAGUGCAAGACUCUUCUUGAGAAAACACUGCCAAAAUGUUCUCAUUUUGUCUUUAUCAAGAUUUUAUUUAAAUUCAAUGCCAUCAAGCAGGAGGAGAAUGAAUUUAUCUUUCAAAACACCAUAUUUCCUUCUGAAGAUGAUGAGACGCAAUUCUUGGAUUUAAUCUGAUAUGUAGGUUCUCUAUCCUCUGAUGUCCUUAAAUCAAAAGGUUAGAUAAAUCUUACGGUUGUUUCUGUGUUUCACCACAAGUAAUAUGAAACUUCAAACUGUUGGUUUGAAAAGAAUAAUGAUUUGCUGAGAAAUUGCUGACUGCUCAGUUUAAUGUGAUUUUGCAACUGAAAGGCCCAUAUUGAGGCAUUAAGCAAAUUAUUACUGGGAUUCAGAAGAUGAUCAUCACAACUCUGGAUAGAAGAUUGUAAAAAGAAGGGAUAGAAGAUUGUAAAAAGGACCCAAAAGCAGUGAUGAAAAUUUUAUUUAGUAUUAUGUACAGCUCUGAAAAAGUAGGUACAAUGCUGAAGUGAAAGAACUUUUGUUUGAUUUUUUUGUUUUGAGGGUGGAAUAAAAGGGAAUUCUAAAUCUAGGUUUUAUUAUGGUUGAUCCAGAGUGAUGAUGAAAGGUAUUUCUUUUAUGAAUUAGCACAUAACUAGUUUAAAACUAACUUUGAAAGUAGGCUUCAUUUUCAAGGAGAGUACCUUUUAAAAAAUGCCCAGUUUUCGGUUUUCUUGCAAUUGUAAGUCAUAGUAACAUUUAAUGUGUAGAUACCAUGUGGAAGUUUAAGAACAAGUGUGGAAAAUACAGUUUGAUUGUUGGCACUGCUAACCAAAGACUUCAUCUUUAGUUAUCAGACUAGCAGAUAUAUUUCUUUUAACAAAUGAAAUUGGUCUAGGGAGACUGCAUUUCCUAGGAUUUCCAAAUCUUUGAUUUUGUCAAGCUGUAUUUAAAGACAACUUCCAAGAGUAAGGUUUAGUUCCCUGAUUUUUAUAGAAGAUCAUUUGGGUUUAGGUUUCUAUUACUUUUAACCCACAUUUCAUUUUUAAAAAUAAAAUAUCUUAAAAUAUCAUUAUUAGUUUUCUGCAGAUAGAUGGUCUGGAUAGUGUUGUAUAAAUGAAAAAUUAUGUUUUUAAAAAAUAACUUACCUUUAGUCUUGAUUCCAGAAAAACUGGUAGCUUGCUUGUGUCUUGGCUGAAACACACAAGGAAAAAAUUUUUGACUUCUUAUUUGGAUAUCCAUCCUAAUGGCCCUUUUUGUAUUGUAAUUUAUUUUUUAAGAUAU